CUGGGGGUCCCCUCUAAGGCCUCCCCUCCCCCACAGGAAGUGCACCUUCGACAUGUUCAGCUUCCUGGCGUCCCAGCACCGCGCCCUGCCCCAGGGACCCCCGCCCCGCGAGGAGGAGGAGGACGAGGUGCAGCUCAAGCCCACCCGCCGCGCCACCAGCCUGGAGCUGCCCAUGGCCAUGCGCUUCCGGCACCUCAAGAGAACGGCCAAGGAGGCGGUGGGCGUCUACCGCUCAGCCAUCCACGGGAGGGGCCUGUUCUGCAAGAGGAACAUCGAGGCCGGGGAGAUGGUGAUAGAAUAUUCCGGAAUCGUCGUGCGCUCCGUGCUCACCGACAAGCGGGAGAAGUUCUACGACAGCAAGGGCAUCGGCUGCUACAUGUUCCGCAUCGACGAGGCCGAGGUGGUGGACGCCACCAUGCACGGCAGCGCCGCGCGCUUCAUCAACCACUCGUGCGAGCCCAACUGCUACUCGCGCGUCAUCCACGUGGAGGGCCACAAGCGCAUCGUCAUCUUCGCCCUGCGCCGCAUCCUGCGCGGCGAGGAGCUCACCUACGACUACAAGUUCCCCAUCGAGGAGCCGGCGGCCAAGCUGCCUGCAACUGCGGCGCCCGGCGCUGCCGGCGCUUCCUCAACUGAGCCGGGGGAGGGUCCCCGGGGGGGGUUUGAGGGGGUCGGGAUGGAGGUGUGGGAGGAUGGAGAGGUUCUGGAGGUGGUUGGAGGUGAUUGGGAGAUGCAGAGGGGGGUUUUGGAGGAGGUUGUGGAGGUGUUGUGGGCAACCAGGUGUGGUGGUGGUCAACCAAGAGUCACGGAGGUCAACCAAGAAUCAUGGCGGUCAAUCAAGAGCCAUAGGGGUCAACCAAGAGUCCUGGAGGUCAACCAAGAGUCCUGGAGAUCGACCGGGAGUUGUGGUGGUCAACCAAAAAUUAUGGCGGUCAGUCAAGAGCCAAAGGGGCAGCCAAGAGUUGUGGUGGUCAACCAGGAGUUGGGGAGGUCAACCAAGAGUCCUGGAGCUCAGCCAAGAAUCAUGGAGGUCAACCAAGCAUCACGGUGGUCAACCAAGCAUCAUGGUGGUCAACCAAGAGUCAUGGUGGUCAGCCAGGAAUUGGGGUGGUCAAUACAGAGUUGUGGUGGCCAACCAAGAAUCAUGGUGGUCAAUCAAGAGCCAUAGGGGUCAACCAGAUGUCCUGGAGGUCAACCAAGAGUCCUGGACGUCAACCAAGAGUUGUGGUGGUCAACCAGGAGUUGGGGGGGGGUCAACCAAGAGUUGUGGAAGUCAACGAAGAAUCUUGGUGAUCAACCAAGAGUUGCAGAAGUCAACCAAGAGCCAUAGGGUCAGCCAAGAAUCAUGGUGGUCAACCAAGAGUCCUGGAAGUCAACCAAGAGUUGUGGUGGUCAACCAAGAGUCCUGGAAGUCAACCAAGAGUUGUGGUGGCCAACCAAGAGUCCUGGAGGUCAACCAAGAAUCAAGGUGGUCAACCAAGUGUCAUGGAGAUCAGCCAGGUAUCAUGGUGGUCAACCAAGAGUUGUGGUGGUCAACCAAGAAUCAUGGUGGUCAACCAAGAGUCUUGGAAGUCAACCAAGAGUUGUGGUAGCCAACCAAGAGUCCUGGAGGUCAACCUAGAGUUGUGGUGGCCAACCAAGAAUCAUGGUGGCCAACCAAGUGUCAUGGAGAUCAGCCAGCUAUCAUGGUGGUCAGCCAAGAGUCAUGGGAAGAAGAUACUGCGGUGUUCCUUGAAGCCAUGGAGAUGCCUCCAGUCAACUGGGAAGACCCAAAAAUCAUGGACAGGUCCUGGAGAAGGUCCUGGAAGUCCUGGAGGUUCCUCCAGUCAAUCAAGAGUUGUGGAGGUCAACCAAGAGUCAUGGGAAGAAGAUGUUGGGGUGCUCCUGGAAGUCCUUGAGAUGCCUCCAGUCAACCGGAAGGUCCCGAAAACCUCGGGAACGAAAUUUUGGGUGCUCAUGGAAGUCCUUGAGAUGCCUCCACUCAACCAGAAGGUCCCAAAAACCGCGGGAACGAAAUUUUGGGUGCUCAUGGAAGUCCUUGAGAUGCCUCCACUCAACCAGAAGGUCCCAAAAACCACGGGAACGAAAUUUUGGGUGCUCAUGGAAGUCCUUGAGAUGCCUCCACUCAACCAGAAGGUCCCAAAAACCACGGGAAUGAAAUUUUGGGUGCUCAUGGAAGUCCUUGAGAUGCCUCCAGCCCUGGAGACCCCUCCCCCCCCCAGAUUCCCCCCAUGGGGCCCCCCCAAACCCCUCCCAUGGGCCCCUCCCCCAAUUCCCCUCCCCCAAAAUGGGUCCAGCCCCUCCCCCCUCAGCAUUUUUGGGGCGUUUCCGGGUGUUUUUGGGAUUUUAGGGUUUUGUAUUUUAAUUUAAAGGCGGCGCAAGCUCCGCCCACAAUAAAGACUCUGAUUGGUCA